CGAGGGGUUGAACUGCAACCUCAACGCAUAUAAGUGAGUGAGUGAGCUAUAUCAUUCUCAAUCUUUGUACUCUCAGGCGGUUCUUCGAGUUGAAGCCUACUGCAUUGGUAUCCCUGUUCACGCCACAGGGUUGCAUCGAAGCCCAAAUCAUCCUCCACGAAAGAAACCAGACCAAAUCACUCAGAAUGUCGACGAAAAUCAUCACAGUUAUCGGGUCCUUGAAUACGGAUUUGGUUACUGUUACCCCGAGGGUUCCUGAUGGGGGGGAGACUUGUGAGUGCAUUCAUUUUUUUUAUAUUUUAGGGCUCGUGCAUAGGAAGAUGACUUUUGCGGGCCUGCGGUUGAGAAGGAGGCCUUUGAGCAUGCGAAGUGAAUUAGGAUGCUGAUAUGUUUUUAUAGUAACUGCUACUUCGUUUAGUACUGGGUCGGGUGGAAAAGGAGCAAAUCGUAUGUUAUUUUUUAAAUGAGUCUUUUUUCUGUUAUGAUGUUAUCCCACUGUUGCUUUUGUCGUUUUAAUUCUCUCUCUGUUUACUUGUAUCAAACCUCAUUUCAUAAGCGACUUCUACUCAAGAAAAAUAUAUAGGCUCACCAUUCUAUAGAAGCAGUAGCAGCCGCCCGCUUAUCCCGCCCAAAACCACCAACUCCAACUCAUGAAGAGCCAUUAACCGUCAAAAUGAUCGGAGCCGUAGGCGCAGAUACAUUCGGCCCCUCUCUCAUCGCCGGCCUGUCCAAAGACGGUAUCGACACUUCGUCUAUCCAAACCAUCCCAAACAGAACCACCGGCGUAGCAGUAAUCCUCGUCGAGUCCACCAGCGGAGAAAACAGAAUCCUCCUCCAACCCGGCGCCAACCACUCUCUCCUUCCAUCUUCCUUCCUCAUGCCCUCAUCACUAGGAACACCACUCCCCUCAUUACUAAUCCUGCAACUCGAGAUCCCUCUCGAAACCGUCCUCCAGAUCCUAAAAACAGCCAAGCAAGCCAGCAUCCCCGUCCUCCUCAACCCCGCUCCCGCCGUCGAACUCCCAGAAUUCUGCUAUGAAAACAUCGACCACCUCAUCCUCAACGAAACCGAAGCCGCACUCCUCACCUCGCAACCCCUCUCUAUCCUCACCGCCCCAGGCUUCAACUGGUCCAACAUCACCACCCAGUUCCUCAGAAAGGGGGUUAAGAACGUGGUCAUCACCCUAGGAUCCAAGGGUGCGUUUUUCGCUCAUGAGGGGAUGGAGGAGGGUGUCCAUGUUGAGGCUACGAAGGUGCAGAGAGUAGUUGAUACGACGGCGGCGGGGGAUACGUUUGUGGGGUCGUAUGCGGUGAAUGUUGUUAGGUCUGGCAGUGGAUUGGUUGAUGAGGGUGUUGUGGGGGGUGCUUGUAUGGCGAGUGCGAGGACGGUUCAGAGGGAGGGGGCGCAGAGUGCGAUUCCUUGGGCGGAUGAGGUG